GUAUUUAUUUCAAAAUGUCGUCCGCUCCCAAACGAAGGCGAUUGAACAAUAAUCAAGUAUCCUCUGUUUCACAAUAUCGCGACCAACAUUUUAAAGGAUCUCGCCAAGAUCAGGAUCGAUUAUUAAAUCAAACGACUACAUUAUAUGUUGGAAACCUCUCCUUCUACACAACUGAAGAACAAAUUCAUGAACUAUUUUCUCGUUGUGGAGAUGUAAAACGAAUUAUCAUGGGCCUGGAUAAGGUUAGACGAACCCCUUGUGGAUUUUGUUUUGUUGAGUAUUAUACAAGAGAGGAUUCUGAAAAUGCUAUGCGAUAUGUUAACGGCACACGAUUGGAUGAAAGAGUUGUGAGAACUGAUUGGGAUGCAGGUUUCAAGGAAGGAAGACAAUAUGGAAGGGGAAAAUCGGGUGGCCAAGUUCGAGACGAAUAUCGUACAGAUUAUGAUAGCGGAAGAGGAGGUUAUGGAAAGAUCAUGCAACAAAAAAUGCAAACCCAAUCUACUAUGAAUUCAUAA